CCCAAACAAAAGGUCGGUGUUUGCGUACUUGUAUAGAUCGGUCCGAGCAUUUGUAUGUUAAAUACUUUCUGGGGGAUUCAAAUAAUAUGGCUGAAACUUUAGCCGCUUUAGUAUGGCUUGAGGUUAAUUUUUAUGACCAUAUAGUCACAAACAUUCCUCCAUGGAUUCGUCUUCAAAAUUUACAAACCUUAAGCAUCAAAGGUGGAGGUCUGAAAAGUUUGUGGCAGAAUAAUUCGCAGGUGCCCUUCCAGUUAAAAGAGCUGCGGAUCUACAACCAGACGGAGCUGAAGGAGUUAAAUUUGGGGUUUCUGCGCUGCCUGGAGGAAAUUACAAUUCAUGGUUGUGAGAAUCUGAAACAUGUAUUUGGAAUAUCUGAUCUUAGGAAGCUGGUAGAAUUGAACAUUGCCAUUUGUUCGGAGCUAGAGGAGAUUAAUUUUGUUCGACCUAUCUGCCUAGAAAAAAUUAGAAUUGGUAAUUGUCGACGUCUAAUAACUUUAGGAGGAAUGUCUAAUCUUAGGAAGCUAGUAGAAUUUAGCAUUGAUCUAUGUAAGCUAGAGGAGAUAAAUUUGGCUCAACUCAGUUGCGUAGAAAGAAUUAAUAUAUUUAGUUGUGGGCAUCUGAAAAGUGUGAUAGGAAUUUCUGAUCUUGCAAAGCUAGAAAAAUUGGAUAUUAGUAGCUGUGAAAAGAUUGAGGAGUUAAACCUUGUUCGACUCGGCUGUCUGGAAUUUUGUAUAAUUUCAAAUCUUCCCAGGCUGAAGAGGAUUGAAUUGAAAGGUUGCCAAAAUUUGAUUAGUGUAGACGGAAUAUUUUGGAAACUUGUAAAAUUAAACAUUUAUGACUGUCCGAAGCUCGAGAAAAUACCAGGUAUAGUAAAACUGCAUUCAUUGGAAAGAAUGCAGCUCUUAUAUUGCAGCAACGAAACAAUUCGGAAUUGUAUUCUCAAUAUGGAGAAGCUGCCGUCAGAGUUUAUUAAAGUAAUUGGUAGAGCAGUAGAUGGAGCGGCGUCAACUGUCAACGCAAACCUCUUCAGCGACUUUAUUAACGCCAAUUCAGUCGUCGAAAUCGGCAUCGAUAACACUUGUAAUCAUCUGGGCAGAUACAUGGUGAGUGCAAUCAUCUUCUGCGCUGUUAUUGUGGUGAAGACUUCUACGGCAGCAAACAUGAUAAAUGAGGUCAUCUGUGAAUAUGAUAUUAAUCCAUGGUUGAAAUUUGAGGUGCGGCAAAGGCGAAUGGAUGAUUACUUCAGUAAUUACCAAGGAAGAUGAAAUAAACAGUUACAUUGUAAACAAGGGCUAUUGUUUCCCCUUUGACUACCUGUGUUUCCCGGAAGAUGUAAUGGUGAAAAGGGUGACUAUGCCCGUGAUGAAAGGUGAAGAACAGAAGAUUUUGAAUGUGCUACGUACAAUUGUUGAUAAGCUCCACCAGAACUGAAGUCAAUGUAGGGUAGUUUUGGCGUUCACACUAGUCU